AACAACACUUUCAAAAUGGCUGCGACUACAGAAGAUGCAUUUGUGUCCGAAGAAAAAGUCCAGGAUGAAACCACAAAUAAGAAGAGUCCUUGUCGAAUUCUUGCUACCCAACCACCGAACAAAGCUGAAAUAUCUGCUAAACACAGGGAAAGAGAAGAAAAAGUUAAAGCUGCUCAAAGAAAAAAAGUUGAAGAGCGAAAGAAAAAAUUAGAAGAAUUAAGGGAAGCUCAAAAGCGUGCAGGUGAAUUUCGAGAAAAACAGCAAGAGGAGCGAAGGAAAAAACUUCUGGAUAUGAGAAAUCGUGAAAUCGCAAAAAGAGAAGCUGUGGAACAGAGACGGAAGCGCUUAGAAGAGGAUGAUAAACAAAAAGUUUUGGAAAAAAUCCGAAGACUGGAGGAGAGAGAUGCGCGAUUAGAUGAAAUAAGGCGAUCUCGAUAUUCAGGUCAGCUGAACGCAGCAUUCGGUUCCACUCCUAGUCGAGCUCAAUCACACUGCUCUCUCAGACCUGCCGUAUCUCCUCGUAGAGCCACAUCGGCUUUCAGCCUUUCCUCGAAUGUGCUGAAUUCUCCAAGCAACAACAAAAGUUUGUCAUCGUCAGUGAUGAUCUUGACAUCACCAAAAGCAAAAUCAGUCUCUAGAAUGACAUCGAGUACGCUGAAUCUAAGACGCUCCAAAGUCAAUCUUUCAUCAGAAUCCCCGCGUUCAACCAAAUCAGUGUCUGACGUUCGAUCAAGCUCCACGGAUAGUUCGAAUAGAAAAUCAGUAAGAAGCAAACCGUGGUCAGAAGUUAGCCGAAACGUAGAAAGAUUAUCAACUCCAAAAUCUUCGAAAAAAAAUACAACUCCAUCUCGUUCGUCUCAAAAAACUUCUCCUAGUGUACAGUCAAUGAGUCCGCAGACACAAAAAUUUAGGCCUAAAUCACCUAGCCCAGUUAAUAGUACUGAGAUUAACAUAAAGACUGAAGAAGAAUACAAAAUUAGAUUAGCUGAAAAUAGGAGACGGGCUAGAGAGAAAGCCGACAAGGAAAAGGAAGAAGAGAGACUAAGAAAACUUGAACUAAAAGCGAAAGAAGAACAAGAAGAGAAGGACAGAAUGGAAGAGCAGAUACGCCUUGAAAAAGAGAGGGAAGAGCAAGAAAGAAUUGAAAAAGAAAGAAUAGUAGAAGAAGAGAAAAAGCGGAAGAAAGAAGCAGAAAUCAUCAAAUUAGAAGAAGAAAAGCUUAAAAAAGUGGAGGAAGAGGAGAGGUUAGAGAAAGAACGAAAGCUUAAGCAGGAAGCCGAACAACGUGAAAGGGAAAGGAUAGAAAAACAAGCAAAAGAAGAGGAAGAAAGAAUGGAAAGAAAGCGCAAGUUGGAAGGAAUAAUGAAAAGGUUUAAGACAGAUCAAUCAGCUUCAAAUGAAUCAACUCCAGCCUCAUCUCCUCGCAGGGAUGAAGCACAGUCAGCGAGUGAUAAAAAAUCAGCUGUUCUCCAAAAAGUACUUAGAGAAAGAAUGGAAAAUGACGAUAAAAAGUUUCAAUCUCCUCUCUUGAAAGAAAUUAUGGCAAAACGAUCCACAUCAAGUGCGAAACUAGACGAAGAAUCGAAUAAUGACAGCCAGCACAACAAUAAUCAAGUGAAUGGCACUUCUCCUAACCGCCGGGAGAGUGUAGAACAAGUGAUAAAUAUAGAAGAAAAAUCGAAUGAUGAUAUGCUCAACUCGAAUGAAGCUGAUCCGCCGCCUCCCUUUGUUGCUUUUGAAGAAAAUGCAAAUCUUAAUCAAGUCGCAGGAAACGUUUAA